AUUUUUCUUUCUGGCAUUCAAAAUGAGUACAACGACCACAAGUUCCUCCACUAUAAGAAACGAGGAGGAUAUACCGUUACAAUCGGAACUUUUAUAUAGUGUUCAAAGGUUGGAAAAAAGAAACUAUGGAGGACGACAACUCAGUCCAAAGAAAAUGGGAUUGAACGCAUACAAGGAAGCUUUAAAGACCAAUAGAGUUCCUUGUCUCUUUUUCUUUGAAGGUCCUGCUAUAGCAGUGGCAAUGGCUGGAGACUGGACAGAUUGGCAUACUAUUCCUUUAGAAAAGGAACCUAUCUCUGGUGUUUGGGGUGUGAUAUUGGAUGUCCCAUUAGGAACCCAUAUAUACAAAUUGGUUGUAGACUUUGCAGAAGAAGGAGCAUUACAAGAAGCUUUGACUCAAGGAUGGCAACCAACAGAAUCUGAAUUCACUACGAAUAGCAUUUUAGAAAGUUGUUACUUGUUGAUAGAAGUAACGAGUCCACCAGCUCCUAGAGGAAUGAAACGGGUUGUUUCUCUUGAUUCAUCUUCUCGUUCGCCUAUCACUGAAUACACUUUAAAGAGUGAUGUAUGGGUAAUCGCUGCAGCUUGGUUGGCUUGUUUGAUUGGCAUUGCAUCGCAGACUGUUCAUGCAGCAAGAACUGCAGAUUAUAACACUCUGAGUAAUCGAAGCCUGCCUACCAAUAGCAAAGUAUUUCAAACUCCUAUGCCCACUAGAAAUUCUGCUAUUGCUUUAAUUUCUUCUUUAUAUUUACAAUUUACGAGUACUUUUCUAUUCUAUGCUCUUAUGGUACAAGACUAUGGUUUCAUAGGUUUCUUACUAUUUAUCUUUUUUGUCGUAUCGAUGGCAUUGUACAUGACGAGUACUGCUUUAGAUGGCUUUACAACCAAAGAGUUUAUCAACAAAUAUCAUAAUGUGAGUGCAUACAUAAUUGGGAUGUUGAUAUCAGACUUGUUAGGCGUUGUCAUUAGUUUGACCGAUGCUAUUUUGGUAUAUGUUUUUGUAUGGCUUAAGCGAGGACAAGUACGACUUCGAUCAUGGUCAAAGCGUGUACUUAUCUAUUGGAUAUUGGCUGUAUUGAGUUAUUUUUUGGCAGCAGUUUCUUUUUCUGUUCGAGCACCCUUUGUUUCUUUAGAAAAUCCACUGAAAUUAAACGGUACUCGGAUUCCUGGUGCUUUUGAAAAUCAUCAUCAUGGACUUUCAUAUAGUCCUGAGCCAAUAUCUAAUAGUAUUGUUGGCAUAGUGGCCAAUGCAUUGGGAACAAUUGUGUCAUUGCUAGUAGAGUCUUUCUUAGUAUUGGGUUGGUUUUCCAAGGAAUCCUUUUCGAAAAUUGUUGCCGUUACUUUUGCUGUUAUGUUUGGUAUCAUUGCUAUGGUAUAUGUAUCGGCAGCAGGGUUGGAUAUUCAUUCACUUGUACAAGCGAUGCAGUUUUCCAAAGUGUCAUUGAGAUAUUCUUCUAUUCAAGCAUUAAUCGCAUUGGAUUUUCUCGGUGCUGCUAUAGAGUUGGUACAAACUGUGUUGUAUAUUGUUUGGAAAACACCCAAAGGUAAUCUAUAAAGGAAUGUGAAGAUAGUUGGUUUCUAUUUUAGUUUCAUUUGACUA